GGUAAUGAAGAUGGCAUCAUCCUUUAACAUCAUCAUUGAAUGACCAACUCUGAUUGGGAUUCGAGCUGUCGUUUCACAAUCCCACCUCUGCAUGAAAUUCCCCACCCACAAGGGAUAACGACUUUGAACCAAGAGGUGGCUAAGCAUUGCUACAUGACUUCGGUCGCUCGACCUCGAAAGGAUAAGCAAGCAAACCCUUCAAAGCCAGCUCAGCCUGAAGUCCUAGCUACACAAUAUGUGAUAGGUGUAGAAUUGCUAGAUAACAGACCUGAGGAUGAGGCCAGAGCCACCCCUGCAGAAGAGGUGGAAAAGGUACAGCUUGACGACAACCACCCCACUAAGAAGACGCAGAUUGGGACCGAGAUGAACUCAAAAGAAAGAGAAGAACUCAUUAGCUUUUUGAAGUUAAACAGAGAUGCAGGGUUUGUAAGAAAGGUAGACUACUGUGAAUGGAUCGCUAAUCCUGUUUUAGUCAAGAAGUCGAAUGACAAGUGGAGAAUGUGCAUUGAUUAUACAAGUAUAAAUGAAGCUUGCCCGAAGGACUGCCAUCCUUUACCGAGUAUAGAUAAGCUGGUGGAAGCUACAUCGGGAAAUGAAAGGCUUAGUUUUUUAGAUGCUUACUCGAGAUAUCAUCAAGUCCACAUGGCACUUGAGGACGAGGUGAAGACCUCCUUCUAUGCAGGUGACAAGAUCUACUGCUAUGUAAUGAUGUCGUUUGGGCUCAAGAAUGUAGGGGCUAUAUAUCAGAAAAUGGUGACGAUUGUAUUCCGAGCUCAGAUUGACAAGAACCUGGAAGUCUAUGUUGAUGACAUAGUAGUUAAGAGCCUCAAGGCAGAGGAUCACCUAACCGACCUGGCAAAAACAUUUGACAACCUAAUAAAACACAACAUGAGGCUAAAUCUAGCCAAGUGUGUCUUUGGUGUUGAAUCUGAGAAAUUCCUAGGAUUCAUGGUCUCUAGGAGGGGGAUAGAGGUCAAUCCUGAGAAGAUCAAGGCAAUAGAAAAGAUGAAGCCACCAAAGUCAGUCAAAGAUGUGCAACGCCUAAAAGACGAAGCGGGGAAGCCUAAGAAGUUUGAAUGGACCUUAGAGUGUCAAGCUGCCUUCGAUGAACUCAAGUCGUACCUCAGUUCACCACCUCUAUUAACUAAGGCCGAAGAAGGUGAGAUCCUUUACCUCUACCUUGGGAUAUCUACUGUAGCAAUAAGCUCAAUCUUAGUCAGGGAAGUAGGGCAACAACAAAGGCCAGUGUAUUAUACCAGCAAGGUGUUACAAGGAGCCGAGUUGAGGUGCUCCAUUAUAGAAAAGGCAGCCUUGACAGUUGUCACCACGGCAAAGAAGUUGAGGCCGUACUUCCAAGCCCACCCCAUUGUUGUACUAACCGAUCAACCUCUAAGACAAAUUUUGCAGAAGCCAGAGUUCUUGGUCAUUAAGCAUAAAGGGAUCAAGUGCCGGAGUAGUGUUAAUGGGGCUAGAGAACUUCCGAACAUAGCUGAAAGUCAGAUCCCUGCAAGUUUACAGUGGCUCACAGCUUGUAGUCAACCAAGUGAAUUCUACAUGUGAGGUCAUCGAUCCCACUCUAGCCAAAUACCUAGCUAUGGUUUCCAAGCUCAAAUGCCAAUUUGAGAGAUUCUAAUUGACCAAAGUUUCAAGAACGAAGAAUAAACAUGCAGACUCUCUAUUGAAGUUAGCAUUUGAUAACUCCAGAGGAGGGAGGUCUGUCGAUGUUGAGGUUCUUAAUAAACCAAGCAUCUAGAA